GCCUUGUGCCUCUGUUUCAAAACGAGUCCUCGUGCAAAACCUUUCGAUCAUACGAAAAAAGAGUUUGAUUUUACACGAAAAUGAACCUCUAGGCAGAAUAUAUUUUCACAUAUAAAUGGUUUCGCACGAAAACGCGUUUUGAGACGGAGGCAAACGCGAACCCGGAAAUGGCCUUUUUUAAUUCGGGACCAUUAGUCACAAUUUCAUCCAUUGGUAGGGAGAAGGAUAUAUGGACCCGCAACCUCUAGAUUGCAAAUCCAGCACGCUAACCGCUUGGGCACACCGCCCCUCAAUCAAUGGUUUAUUUGAAUGAAAAAUUUGUCUAUCAGGUUCAGGCUCUUAUUAUAGUGCCUCUUCAACACAAGAACUUUGUUGCGGCCUGAUUAUAACAAAGGGCAAGCUCGCUGUGUUGGACACAAAGAGAUGGGUUGGUAAUUAUUGAAGUUAUUUCUUGGUUACCGGUAUGCUGAACUGUGACAUCGGUAAUCAAUGGAACAAAGAGCUGCGAAGCAUAGUCUUCGCGUUGCCUCAACAGUUUAGGAUCGUGCGAAAGGCAAUUUCAUGAUAUCAUGCAAUACGGUAAUAUACAAUUGUCUUUCUUUUUUUCUAUCAGGGAAAACAGAAACAUGCGGCAAAAAGAUCGACCUGGCUAUCAUUCUAGACGCUUCUGCGAGUAUAGAUGAAGACAACUUUAACCUGGCCAAAGACUUCGCCAAGAGACUUUUGAAAAGGUUUACAAUAUCCCCAGACAACUCUCGAGUGUCCAUCGUGUCAUAUUCACAACAUAUCAACAUACAAUCACGAUUUUCUGAUGAUGAAGACGAAAGGAAGCUGGAGGACAUCUUGAGGAAUACGUUCUACGAGGGAUCGUCAACUGGUACCGGAAAAACUAUUAAGGCAGUGAAUUUUGAAGUGUUUUCGUCCAAGUUUGGGUCGAGAAUUGGAAACCCUGACGCAAAGCAAGUGACUGUGGUUGUCACAGAUGGAUUCAGUGGGAUUGGUCCCGAGUUUAUAAAGAAGCGAGCAGACGCGAUAAAGGCGAGAGGAAUUGAAAUGUUCGCGAUCGGAAUCACCCAGAGAAUGAACGACGAAGAGUUGACAGCUUUAUCCAGUAAACCAGUUAAAAAUCAUUUCCUUAGGCUAACUGAUAAUAACGCUAUGAAAGGCAUAGUUGAUCAUAUCGUUAAAGAAAUUUGCAAAUAGCAAUGCUGGAUGCAUAUUCCAUGCAGGUACAGUUUUUGUUGCUCCGACUUUGGGUGUACCCUUUCUGUCUGCAAUUUUGCCAGAAAAACUGCAAUUGUGAGCAAUCGUCAUCAUCAUCAUCAUCAUCGUCGUCGUCAUCAUCAUCAUCAUCAUCAUCAUCGGGCCGUUCUGAAAACCACCGAUGUGAUGAACGCACCUUGUUUCAAUUGUUAUUAUUUAUAAUGGACCUUUUCGGCGAUACGGGGCCAUUUUGAAUUCUACAUAAUAUAGAAUACUUCAUGGAAAGUGUGUCCGUAUGGUAUUUACGCAGGAGUUGGUAAGUAUCAGAAAUCGAAAGAGUGAGCGCAGUGAACGAGUGAAAUUUCUUAAAUACCAACGAGUGCGUAAAAGGCGCACUUUCCAUGCUGUCUUAUGUCUAUUAUAUGCAUACUGGGAUUCAAGCAACAAGCUCAUAAAAGGUUUAAUAAACGUACUUAAGUAAGAAAUGCAAUAUUCAAUAACGGGCACAGAAUUUAAAAUAAAACUUGUAAAGUUUAAUCAGAGUCAGACUCUUUGAUUCUGAUUCUUUUCCAUUUUUUUCGGUGAUUUCCGCUGUUUCCGAGAUGGUUAGCUAGGUAGUGAGUGUGUUACAGGAGGGUCUCAAAGGGGGUACCUCGACAACACUGAACACUUAAAUUUUUGGCUCUGUAACACAGAACAAUUAAAUUUUGGGCAUUUUAACAUUAACAGUGAAAAAUUCUCUGUAACAGUAAAUUUUAUCCCUAAGGAAACAAAAACGGCUCCUGAAAGGGCAAUCUUUUAUUCAAAUUCUAAACGGAUGUGAGGGUUCCUUGUGGAUCAGCUGGAUCAACUGUGGAUCUAAAGAUCGUUUUCUCUGUCACGCAAUAAAAAAAAUAAAUCGAAAACUAUUCAGUGGAUAAAGUCAAGAAAUUGU